ACCAUGUGAAAGUAAUCAAUUAUACAAAUCAAAGAUACAGUAGUAAGUAUCCCCACACUCAUGUGCAUCUUGCUUCGUUCGUCACAGUUCCAAAUCAAGCAAGUUUGCUUCAUCACGAGCUCUCAACCUUCCAUAUCCAUCCAUCUCUCUCUCUCUCUCACGCAUUUUCAUUAGCUUUCCUUUUAUGCUCAGAUUCUUCUCUUCAACCACACAAGUAGUUGAAGUUCACCGGAAAAAAAUCAAAUUCGACGGCUACAUCACCCGCCGCAGGACCUAAUCCCAGGAGGAGGAAGAUGAAACCGAGAUCGAUCCGUCAGCGGAGAUCCGGCGUCAGGAGGCGGACCAGACCGGAGACUCCUGUGUUGAAAUGUAAAGCGGAGGAUCAAAACAGGGAGCGAUGCGGCGCAGUUGAAGAGGAUGAUAAUGGUGAGUGGAGCAAUCAGGUUGAUGAGAAACCCAGCAAGGAAGGAAGGAGAAGUGUGAAAGCUGAGACGGGAAGGAAACUCGCGGCGGGAGUGUGGCGGUUGCAAGUCCCCGAUGCGGUUUCUAGCGGCGGAGAUGAGAGGAGAAUGGAUCGGUUAGGGUUUCAGGGAAGUGCUGGUGGACAUUUGGGUCCUCUGUUUUUCUAUCACCAUGAUCAUAAACAUUCUGGCUUUCAAACCAGCAACAACUUAAGAAGCAUGCGUAGUCCUCCUGCUGCUCCAACCAAGAGUGGAUUCUUGUGUAAGGAGGCUUCGAUUCCAUUUCCCGACUCUGCGAUGGAGGCGGCAACAAAAUGGGAUCCUAUACGCUUAGAUGCAAGGGAUGACGUCCACCAAAUCUACAGCAACGUGAAGCUGACUGAUCAACAACUGAAUGCUGCUUCUUCUAUUGAGCUCAAACUUGAGGAAGCUCGUGCCCGCAUCGAGGAUCUCGAGAGUGAGAAGCGAUCUCAGAAAAAGAAGCUUGAGCACUUCCUGAGGAAAGUUAGCGAGGAGAGAGCAUCUUGGCGGAGCAAGGAGCAUGAGAAGGUCCGAGCAAUCAUUGAAGACAUGAAAGAUGACAUCAACCGGGAAAAGAAAGCUCGUCAUAAGUUAGAAGCUGUCAAUCUAAAACUAGUGAAUGAGCUUGCAGAUUCAAAGCUGGCUGUGAAGCGUCACAUGCAUGACUACCAAAAGGAAAGGAAGGCAAGAGAGUUAAUCGAAGAAGUUUGCGAUGAACUCGCCAAGGAGAUAGAAGAAGACAAAGCUGAGAUUGAUGCUUUGAAGAGUGAAUCCAUGAAUCUGAGAGAGGAAGUGGACGAUGAGAGAAGAAUGCUGCAAAUGGCUGAGGUUUGGCGUGAGGAACGUGUCCAAAUGAAGCUUAUUGAUGCCAAAUUAGCACUCGAGGAGAAGUACUCACAAAUGAACAAGCUUGUAGGAGAGUUGGAGGCCUUCCUCAGUUCAAGAAAUGCUACUACAAGUGUGAAAGAGGCUGAAGUGUUAAGAGAGACUGUUGCAUCAGUCAGUGAUGUCCAUGAAGUCAAGGAGUUUACAUAUGAACCCGCUAAACCGGAUGAUAUCUUAAUGUUAUUUGAAGAAAUGAACUUGGGUGAAGCCAUCCAAGAUGGAGAAACCGAGCAAUGCGUUGGUUACAGUCCGGUCAGCCACGGUUCAGAAGUUCACAGGGUAAGUUCAGAUAACAAAGGGAGACUCUCAAAUGCUCUAGCAACAAUGAAUGGUGAAUUUGAAGAAGAUGACAGUGGUUGGGAAACCGUGAGCCAUCAGGAAGAACACAGAUCCAGUUUCUCUCCAGAUGAGAGCGUCCAUUUCACUAGCAACAAUCAUCAACGUGACAGCAAUGUAUCUGCGAAUGGCACGGAGUUUCAGAAGACUCCAUUGAGAGAAAUAAAAGAAGUAUACCCGGUUCCUAGAAGGCAGUCCAAGAAGGUAUCGUCAAUGGCUAAGCUCUGGAGUUCAAUAGAAGGUAUCAACGGAAGGGUUUCAUUUUCAAACGCGAGAAAGUCAAAUGCAGGGAUGGUUUCACCAAGGAAAGGCGGAUUCAGGACGUUGGACUUGGUGGCCUCAUCACCAGACUCGGCAUAUGCUAAUGUAAACCGAGGAGGGAUGAAAGGGUGCAUAGAGUGGCCUAGAGGAACACAUAAGAACAACGUGAAGACAAAGCUUAUGGAAGCACAAGUCGAGAGCCAAAAGGUUCAGCUGAAACAUGUCCUUGAGCAUAAGAUCUAGGCCACUACAUACUAUGAAGCUACCUGACUUGGUUCAAACUAGUCUUUGUAGCUGAGAUGCUAUUGCCAUUGUUUCGUGAUCUAGCCGGUCAAGCCAAUCACGGCGGUAUAUGUUGGUAGCGAAAUGCGAAAUGAUCUUUGUGUUUGAUUACUGCCAUAGCCUGUCUGGGCCAACCACUUGUUGGUUGCUAGGGAGCAAAGACCUAAUAAUGGUAGUUUUCCUUGACCAAUUUUGUGGCUAUCUAGCCCAAAUUGAGAUGUUAGGUCAAUGAUAUCUUCUUAUAUUUUACUACCACAUUGUCUAUAUACUUGUAAACUGUAUGGUGCAUGUUUCUAGCAAUAACUUUACCAUUCACAAUAAUUAAGAGAGAUAUAUUUACUGUUGA